CAGGGGGAAGGAGGAGAAGGGGGGGCGAGGGGCACCCACGAGGGGGUGCGAGGGGCACUCACGAGGGGGUUCGAGGGGCACUCACGAGGGGGUGCGAGGGGCACUCACGAGGGGGUGCGAGGGGCACUUACGAGGGGGUGCGAGGGGCACUCACGAGGGGGUGCAAGGGGCACUCACGAGGGGGUGCGAGUGGUACUCACCAGGGGGUGCGAGGGGCACUCACGAGGGGGGUGCGAGGGGCACUCACGAGGGGGUGCGAGGGGGCACUUGCACUCACGAGGGGGUGCGAGGGGCACCCACGAGGGGGUGCGAGGGGCACUCACGAGGGGGUGCAAAGGGCACUCACGAGGGAGUGCGAGGGGCACUCAUGAGGGGGUGCAAGGGGGCACUCACGAGGGGGUGCGAGGGGCACUCACGAGGGAGUGCGAGGGGCACUCACGAGGGGGUGCGAGGGGCACUCACGAGGGGGUGCGAGGGGCACCUCACGAGGGGGUGCGAGGGGCACUCAUGAGGGGGUGCGAGGGGGCACUCACGAGGGGGUGCGAGGGGCACUCACGAGGGGGUGCGAGAGGCACUCACGAGGGGGUGCAAGGGGCACUCACGAGGGGUGCAAGGGGCACUCACGAGGGGGUGCGAGGGGCACUCACGAGGGGGUGCAAAGGGGCACUCACGAGGGGGUGCAAGGGGCACUCACGAGGGGGGUGCGAGGGGCACUCACGAGAUGGUGCAAAGGGCACUCACAAGAGAGUGCGAGGGGCACUCACGAGGGGGUGCGAGGGGCACUCACGAGGGGGUGGGAAGGGCACUCACGAGGGGGUGCGAUGGCACUCACGAGGGGGUGCGAGGAGGCACUCACGAGGGGGUGCGAGGGGCACUCACGAGGGGGUGGGAAGGGCACUCACGAGGGGGUGUGAGGGGCACUCACGAGGGGGUGCGAGGGGCACUCACGAGGGGGUGCAAGGGGCACUCACGAGGGGGUGCGAGGGGCACCCACGAGGGGGUGCGAGGGGCACUCACGAGGGGGGGCACUCACGAGGGAGUGCGAGGGGCACUCACGAGGGGGUGCGAGGGGCACUCACGAGGGGGUGCAAGGGGCACCUCACGAGGGGGUGCGAGGGGGCACUCAUGAGGGGGUGCGAGGGGCACUCACGAGGGGGUGCGAGGGGCACUCACGAGGGGGUGCGAGAGGCACUCACGAGGGGGUGCAAGGGGCACUCACGAGGGGGUGCGAGGGGCACUCACGAGGGGGUGGAAAAGGGGCACUCACGAGGGGGUGCAAGGGGCACUCACGAGGGGGUGCGAGGGGCACUCACGAGAUGGUGCAAAGGGCACUCACAAGAAGAGUGCGAGGGGCACUCACGAGGGGGUGCGAGGGGCACUCACGAGGGGGUGGGAAGGGCACUCACGAGGGGGUGCGAUGGGCACUCACGAGGGGGUGCGAGGGGCACUCACGAGGGGGUGCGAGGGGCACUCACGAGGGGGUACAAGGGGCACUCACGAGGGAGUGCGAGGGGCACUCACAAGGGGGUGCGAGGGGCACUCACGAGGGGUGCAAGGGGCACUCACGAGGGGGUGCGAGGGGCACUCACGAGGGGGUGGGAAGGGCACUCACGAGGGGGUGUGAGGGGCACUCACGAGGGGGUGCAAAGGGGCACUCACGAGGGGGUGCAAGGGGCACUCACGAGCGGGUGCGAGGGGCACUCACGAGGGGGUGCCAGGGCACUCACGAGGGGGUGCAAAGGGGCACUCACGAGGGGGUGCGAGGGGCACUCACGAGGGGGUGCAAAGGGCACUAACGAGGGAGUGCGAGGGGCACUCCACGAGGGGGUGCGAGGGGGCACUCACGAGGGGGUGCAAAGGGGCACUCACGAGGGGGUGCAAGGGGCACUCACGAGGGGGUACGAGGGGCACUCACGAGGGGGUGCAAAGGGCACUCACGAGGGAGUGAAAGGGGCACUCACGAGGGGGUGCGAGGGGCACUCACGAGGUGGUGCAAAGGGCACUAAUGAGGGAGUGCGAGGGGCACUCACAAGGGGGGGCACUCACGAGGGGGUGCAAGGGGCACUCACGAGGGGGUGGGAAGGGCACUCACGAGGGGGUGCGAGGGGCACUCACGAGGGGGUGCGAGGGGCACUAACGAGAGGGUACGAGGGGCACUCACGAGGGAGUGCGAGGGGCACUCACGAGGGGGUGCGAGGGGCACUCACGAGGGGGUUCGAGGGGCACUCACGAGGGGGUGCGAGGGGCACUCACGAGGGGGUGCGAGGGGCACUUACGAGGGGGUGCGAGGGGCACUCACGAGGGGGUGCAAGGGGCACUCACGAGGGGGUGCGAGUGGUACUCACAAGGGGGUGCGAGGGGCACUCACGAGGGGGGUGCGAGGGGCACUCACGAGGGGGUGCGAGGGGCACUUGCACUCACGAGGGGGUGCGAGGGGCACCCACGAGGGGGUGCGAGGGGCACUCACGAGGGGGUGCAAAGGGCACUCACGAGGGAGUGCGAGGGGCACUCAUGAGGGGGUGCAAGGGGCACUCACGAGGGGGUGCGAGGGGCACUCACGAGGGAGUGCGAGGGGCACUCACGAGGGGGUGCGAGGGGCACUCACGAGGGGGUGCGAGGGGCACCUCACGAGGGGGUGCGAGGGGCACUCAUGAGGGGGUGCGAGGGGCACUCACGAGGGGGUGCGAGGGGCACUCACGAGGGGGUGCGAGAGGCACUCACGAGGGGGUGCAAGGGGCACUCACGAGGGGGUGCAAGGGGCACUCACGAGGGGGUGCGAGGGGCUCUCACGAGGGGGUGCAAAAGGGGCACUCACGAGGGGGUGCAAGGGGCACUCACGAGGGGGUGCGAGGGGCACUCACGAGAUGGUGCAAAGGGCACUCACAAGAGAGUGCGAGGGGCACUCACGAGGGGGUGCGAGGGGCACUCACGAGGGGGUGGGAAGGGCACUCACGAGGGGGUGCGAUGGGCACUCACGAGGGGGUGCGAGGGGCACUCACGAGGGGGUGGGAAGGGCACUCACGAGGGGGUGUGAGGGGCACUCACGAGGGGGUGCGAGGGGCACUCACGAGGGGGUGCAAGGGGCACUCACGAGGGGUGCGAGGGGCACCCACGAGGGGGUGCGAGGGGCACUCACGAGGGGGUGCAAAGGGCACUCACGAGGGAGUGCGAGGGGCACUCAUGAGGGGUGCAAGGGGCACUCACGAGGGGGUGCGAGGGGCACUCACGAGGGAGUGCGAGGGGCACUCACGAGGGGGGGCACUCACGAGGGGGUGCGAGGGGCACUCACGAGGGGGUGCGAGAGGCACUCACGAGGGGGUGCAAGGGGCACUCACGAGGGGGUGCGAGGGGCACUCACGAGGGGGGUGGAAAGGGGCACUCCACGAGGGGGUGCAAGGGGCACUCACGAGGGGGUGCGAGGGGCACUCACGAGAUGGUGCAAAGGGCACUCACAAGAGAGUGCGAGGGGCACUCACGAGGGGGUGCGAGGGGCACUCACGAGGGGGUGGGAAGGGCACUCACGAGGGGGUGCGAUGGGCACUCACGAGGGGGUGCGAGGGGCACUCACGAGGGGGUGCGAGGGGCACUCACGAGGGGGUACAAGGGGCACUCACGAGGGAGUGCGAGGGGCACUCACAAGGGGGUGCGAGGGGCACUCACGAGGGGUGCAAGGGGCACUCACGAGGGGGUGCGAGGGGCACUCACGAGGGGGUGGGAAGGGCACUCACGAGGGGGUGUGAGGGGCACUCACGAGGGGGUGCAAAGGGGCACUCACGAGGGGGUGCAAGGGGCACUCACGAGCGGGUGCGAGGGGCACUCACGAGGGGGUGCCAAGGGCACUCACGAGGGAGUGCGAGGGGCACUCACGAGGGGGUGCGAGGGGCACUCACGAGGGGGUGCGAGGGGCACUCACGAGGGGGUGCAAGGGGCACUCACGAGGGGGUGCAAGGGGCACUCACGAGGGGGUGCGAGGGGGCACUCACGAGGGGGUGCAAAGGGGCACUCACGAGGGGGUGCGAGGGGCACUCACGAGGGGGUGCAAAGGGCACUAACGAGGGAGUGCGAGGGGCACUCACGAGGGGGUGCGAGGGGCACUCACGAGGGGGUGCAAAGGGGCACUCACGAGGGGGUGCAAGGGCACUCACGAGGGGGUGCGAGGGGCACUCACGAGGGGGUGCAAAGGGCACUCACGAGGGAGUGAAAGGGGCACUCACGAGGGGGUGCGAGGGGCACUCACGAGGUGGUGCAAAGGGCACUAAUGAGGGAGUGCGAGGGGCACUCACAAGGGGGUGCGAGGGGCACUCACGAGGGGGUGGGAAGGGCAGUCACGAGGGGGUGCGAGGGGCACUCAUGAGGGGGUGCAAAGGGGCACUCACGAGGGGGUGCAAGGGGCACUCACGAGGGGGUGGGAAGGGCACUCACGAGGGGGUGCGAGGGGCACUCACGAGGGGGGGCACUCACGAGGGGGUGGGAAGGGCACUCACGAGGGGGUGCGAGGGGCACUCACGAGGGGGUGCGAGGGGCACUCACGAGGGAGUGCAAGGGGCACUCACGAGGGGGUGCGAGGGGCACUCACGAGGGGGUGCAAAGUGGCACUCACGAAGGGGGGGCAAGGGGCACUCACGAGGGGUGCGAGGGGCACUCACGAGGGGGGGCAAAGGGCACUCACGAGGGAGUGCGAAGGGCACUCACGAGGGGGUGCGAGGGGCACUCACGAGGGGGUUGCAAAGGGCACUAAUGAGGGAGUGCGAGGGGCACUCACAAGGAGGUGCGAGGGGCACUCACGAGGGGGUGGGAAGGGCAGUCACGAGGGGGUGCGAGGGGCACUCACGAGGGGGUGCAAAGGGGCACUCACGAGGGGGUGCAAGGGGCACUCACGAGGGGGUGGGAAGGGCACUCACGAGGGGGUGCGAUGGUCACUCACGAGGGGGUGCGAGGGGCACUCACGAGGGGGUGCGAGGGGCACUCACGAGGGGGUACGAGGGGCACUCACGAGGGAGUGCGAAGGGCACUCACGAGGGGGUGCGAGGGGCACUCUCGAGGGGGUGCAAGGGGCACUCACGAGGGGGUGCGAGGGGCACUCACGAGGGGGUGGGAAGGGCACUCACGAGGGGGUGUGAGGGGCACUCACGAGGGGGUGCAAAGGGGCACUCACGAGGGGGGGCACUCACGAGGGGGUGGGAAGGGCACUCACGAGGGGGUGCGAGGGGCACUCACGAGAGGGUGCAAAGGGGCACUCACGAGGGGGUGCAAGGGGCACUCACGAGGGGGUGCGAGGGGCACUCACGAGAGGGUGCAAAGGGCACUCACGAGGGAGUGCGAGGGGCACUCACGAGGGGGUGCGAGGGGCACUCACGAGGGGGUGCAAAGGGCACUAAUGAGGGAGUGCAAGGGGCACUCACGAGGGGGUGCGAGGGGCACUCACGAGGGGGUGGGAAGGGCACUCACGAGGGGGUGCGAGGGGCACUCACGAGGGGGUGCAAAGGGGCACUCACGAGGGGGUUCAAGGGGCACUCACGAGGGGGUGCGAGGGGGCGCUCACGAGGGGGUGCGAGGGGCACUCACAAGGGGGUGGGAAGGGCACUCACGAGAGGGUGCGAGGGGCACUCACGAGGGGGUUCAAGGGGCACUCACGAGGGGGUGCGAGGGGCGCUCACGAGGGGGUGCGAGGGGCACUCACGAGGGGGUGCGAGGGGCACUCACGAGGGGGUACGAGGGGCACUGACGAGGGAGUGCGAGGGGCACUCACGAGGGGGUGCGAGGGGCACUCACGAGGGGGUGCAAGGGGCACUCACGAGAGGGUGCGAGGGGCACUCACGAGGGGGUGCAAAGGGGCACUCACGAGGGGGGUGGGAAGGGCACUCACAAGGGGGUGCAAAGGGGCACUCACGAGGGGGUGCAAGGGGCACUCACGAGGGGGUGGGAAGGGCACUCACGAGGGGGUGCGAUGGGCACUCACGAGGGGGUGCGAGGGGCACUCACGAGGGGGUGCGAGGGGCACUCACGAGGGGGUACGAGGGGCACUCACGAGGGAGUGCGAGGGGCACUCACGAGGGGGGGGUGGGAAGGGCACUCACGAAGGGGUGUGAGGGGCACUCACGAGGGGGUGCAAAGGGGCACUCACGAGGGGGUGCAAGGGGCACUCACGAGCGGGUGCGAGGGGCACUCACGAGGGGUGCCAAGGGCACUCACGAGGGAGUGCGAGGAGCACUCACGAGGGGGUGCGAGGGGCACUCACGAGGGGGUGGGAAGGGCACUCACGAGGGGGUGCGAGGGGCACUCACGAGGGGGUGCAAACGGGCACUCACGAGGGGGUACGAGGGGCACUCACGAGGGGGUGGGAAGGGCACUCACGAAGGGGUGCGAGGGGCACUCACGAGGGGGUGCAAAGGGGCACUCACGAGGGGGUGCAAGGGGCACUCACGAGGGGGUGAGAAGGGCACUCACGAGGGGGUGCGAUGGGCACUCACGAGGGGGUGCGAGGGGCACUCACGAGGGGGUGCGAGGGGCACUCACGAGGGGGUACGAGGGGCACUCACGAGGGAGUGCGAGGGGCACUCACGAGGGGGUGCGAGGGGCACUCACGAGGGGGUGCAAGGGGCACUCACGAGGGGGGGCACUCACGAGGGGGUGCAAGGGGCACUCACGAGCGGGUGCGAGGGGCACUUACGAGGGGGUGCAAAGGGCACUCACGAGGGAGUGCGAGGGGCACUCACGAGGGGGUGCGAGGGGCACUCACGAGGGGGUGCGAGGGGCAGUCACGAGGGGGUGCAAGGGGCACUCACGAGGGGGGUGCGAGGAGCACUCACGAGGGGGUGCAAAGGGGCACUCACGAGGGGGUGCGAGGGGCACUCACGAGGGGGUGCAAAGGGCACUAACGAGGGAGUGCGAGGGGCACUCACGAGGGGGGUGCGAGGGGCACUCAAGAGGGGGUGGGAAGGGCACUCACGAGGGGGUGUGAGGGGCACUCACGAGGGGGGUGCAAAGGGGCACUCACAAGGGGGUGCAAGGGGCACUCACGAGGGGGUGCGAGGGGCACUCACGAGGGGGGUGCAAAGGGCACUCACGAGGGAGUGCGAGGGGCACUCACGAGGGGGUGCGAGGGGCACUCACGAGGGGGUGCAAAAGGCACUAAUGAGGGAGUGCAAGGGGCACUCACAAGGGGGUGCGAGGGGCACUCACGAGGGGGUGGGAAGGGCAGUCACGAGGGGGUGCGAGGGUCACUCACGAGGGGGUGCAAAGGGGCACUCACGAGGGGGUGCAAGGGGCACUCACGAGGGGGUGCGAGGGGCGCUCACGAGGGGGUGCGAGGGGCCUCACGAGGGGGUGGGAAGGGCACUCACGAGAGGGUGCGAGGGGCACUCACCGAGGGGGGUGCGAGGGGCACUCACGAGGGGGUACGAGGGGCACUCACGAGGGAGUGCGAGGGGCACUCACGAGGGGGUGCGAGGGGCACUCACGAGGGGGUGCAAGGGGCACUCACGAGGGGGUGCGAGGGGCACUCACGAGGGGGUGCAAAGGGGCACUCACGAGGGGGUGCAAGGGGCACUCACGAGGGGGUGCGAGGGGGCACUUACGAGGGGGUGCAAAGGGCACUCACGAGGGAGUGCGAGGGGCACUCACGAGGGGGGGCACUCACGAGGGGGUGGGAAGGGCAGUCACAAGGGGGUGCGAGGGGCAGUCACGAGAGGGUGCAAAGGGGCACUCACGAGGGGGUGCAAGGGGCACUCACGAGGGGGUGCGAGGGGCGCUCACGAGGGGGUGCGAGGGGCACUCACGAGGGGGUGGGAAGGGCACUCACGAGGGGGUGCGAGGGGCACUCACGAGGGGGUGCGAGGGGCACUCACGAGGGGGUACGAGGGGCACUCACGAGGGAGUGCGAGGGGCACUCACGAGGGGGUGCGAGGGGCACUCACGAGGGGGUGCAAGGGGCACUCACGAGGGGGUGCGAGGGGCACUCACGAGGGGGGUGCAAAGGGGCACUCACGAGGGGGUGCAAGGGGCACUCACGAGGGGGUGCGAGGGGCACUCACGAGGGGGUGCAAAGGGCACUCACGAGGGAGUGCGAGGGGCACUCACGAGGGGGUGCGAGGGGCACUCACGAGGGGGGGCACUCACAAGGGGGUGCGAGGGGCACUCACGAGGGGGUGGGAAGGGCAGUCACGAGGGGGUGCGAGGGGCAGUCACGAGAGGGUGCAAAGGGGCACUCACGAGGGGGUGCAAGGGGCACUCACGAGGGGGUGCGAGGGGCGCUCACGAGGGGGUGCGAGGGGCACUCACGAGGGGGUGGGAAGGGCACUCACGAGGGGGUGCGAGGGGCACUCACGAGGGGGUGCGAGGGGCACUCACGAGGGGGUACGAGGGGCACUCACGAGGGAGUGCGAGGGGCACUCACGAGGGGGUGCGAGGGGCACUCACGAGGGGGUGCAAGGGGGACUCACGAGGGGGUGCGAGGGGCACUCACGAGGGGGUGCAAAGGGGCACUCACGAGGGGGUGCAAAGGGCACUAACGAGGGAGUGCGAGGGGCACUCACGAGGGGGUGCGAGGGGCACUCACGAGGGGGUGCAAAGGGGCACUCACGAGGGGGUGCAAGGGGCACUCACGAGGGGGUGCGAGGGGCACUCACGAGGGGGGUGCAAAGGGGUGCGAGGGGCACUCACGAGGGGGUGGGAAGGGCAGUCACGAGGGGGUGCGAGGGGCACUCACGAGGGGGUGCAAAGGGGCACUCACGAGGGGGUGCAAGGGGCACUCACGAGGGGGUGGGAAGGGCACUCACGAGGGGGUGCGAGGGGCACUCACGAGGGGGUGCGAGGGGCACUAACGAGGGGGUACGAGGGGCACUCACGAGGGAGUGCGAGGGGCACUCACGAGGGGGUGCGAGGGGCACUCACGAGGGGGUGGGAAGGGCACUCACGAGGGGGUGCGAGGGGCACUCACGAGGGGGUGCGAGGGGCACUCACGAGGGAGUGCAAGGGGCACUCACGAGGGGGUGCGAGGGGCACUCACGAGGGGGUGCAAAGUGGCACUCACGAAGGGGGGGCAAGGGGCACUCACGAGGGGGUGCGAGGGGCACUCACGAGGGGGGGCAAAGGGCACUCACGAGGGAGUGCGAAGGGCACUCACGAGGGGGUGCGAGGGGCACUCACGAGGGGGUGCAAAGGGCACUAAUGAGGGAGUGCGAGGGGCACUCACAAGGAGGUGCGAGGGGCACUCACGAGGGGGUGGGAAGGGCAGUCACGAGGGGGUGCGAGGGGCACUCACGAGGGGGUGCAAAGGGGCACUCACGAGGGGGUGCAAGGGGCACUCACGAGGGGGUGGGAAGGGCACUCACGAGGGGGUGCGAUGGGCACUCACGAGGGGGUGCGAGGGGCACUCACGAGGGGGUGCGAGGGGCACUCACGAGGGGGUACGAGGGGCACUCACGAGGGAGUGCGAAGGGCACUCACGAGGGGGUGCGAGGGGCACUCUCGAGGGGGUGCAAGGGGCACUCACGAGGGGGUGCGAGGGGCACUCACGAGGGGGUGGGAAGGGCACUCACGAGGGGGUGUGAGGGGCACUCACGAGGGGGUGCAAAGGGGCACUCACGAGGGGGUGCAAGGGGCACUUACGAGCGGGUGCGAGGGGCACUCACGAGGGGGUGUAAAGGGCACUCACGAGGGAGUGCGAGGGGCACUCACGAGGGGGUGCGAGGGGCACUCACGAGGGGGUGGGAAGGGCACUCACGAGGGGGUGCGAGGGGCACUCACGAGAGGGUGCAAAGGGGCACUCACGAGGGGGUGCAAGGGGCACUCACGAGGGGGUGCGAGGGGCACUCACGAGAGGGUGCAAAGGGCACUCACGAGGGAGUGCGAGGGGCACUCACGAGGGGGUGCGAGGGGCACUCACGAGGGGGUGCAAAGGGCACUAAUGAGGGAGUGCAAGGGGCACUCACGAGGGGGUGCGAGGGGCACUCACGAGGGGGUGGGAAGGGCACUCACGAGGGGGGUGCGAGGGGCACUCACGAGGGGGUGCAAAGGGGCACUCACGAGGGGGUUCAAGGGGCACUCACGAGGGGGUGCGAGGGGCGCUCACGAGGGGGUGCGAGGGGCACUCACGAGGGGGUGGGAAGGGCACUCACGAGAGGGUGCGAGGGGCACUCACGAGGGGGUGCGAGGGGCACUCACGAGGGGGUACGAGGGGCACUCACGAGGGAGUGCGAGGGGCACUCACGAGGGGGUGCGAGGGGCACUCACGAGGGGGUGCAAGGGGCACUCACGAGGGGGUGCGAGGGGCACUCACGAGGGGGUGCAAAGGGGGACUCACGAGGGGGUGGGAAGGGCACUCACAAGGGGGUGCAAAGGGGCACUCACGAGGGGGUGCAAGGGGCACUCACGAGGGGGUGGGAAGGGCACUCACGAGGGGGUGCGAUGGGCACUCACGAGGGGGUGCGAGGGGCACUCACGAGGGGGUGCGAGGGGCACUCACGAGGGGGUACGAGGGGCACUCACGAGGGAGUGCGAGGGGCACUCACGAGGGGGUGCGAGGGGCACUCACGAGGGGGUGCAAGGGGAACUCAUGAGGGGGUGCGAGGGGCACUCACGAGGGGGUGGGAAGGGCACUCACGAAGGGGUGUGAGGGGCACUCACGAGGGGGUGCAAAGGGGCACUCACGAGGGGGUGCAAGGGGCACUCACGAGCGGGUGCGAGGGGCACUCACGAGGGGGUGCCAAGGGCACUCACGAGGGAGUGCGAGGAGCACUCACGAGGGGGUGCGAGGGGCACUCACGAGGGGGUGGGAAGGGCACUCACGAGGGGGUGCGAGGGGCACUCACGAGGGGGUGCAAAGGGGCACCACGAGGGGGGUUCAAGGGGCACUCACGAGGGGGUGCGAGGGGCGCUCACGAGGGGGUGCGAGGGGCACUCACGAGGGGGUGGGAAGGGCACUCACGAGAGGGUGCGAGGGGCACUCACGAGGGGGUGCGAGGGGCACUCACGAGGGGGUACGAGGGGCACUCACGAGGGAGGGCACUCACGAGCGGGUGCGAGGGGCACUCACGAGGGGGUGCCAAGGGCACUCACGAGGGAGUGCGAGGAGCACUCACGAGGGGGUGCGAGGGGCACUCACGAGGGGGUGGGAAGGGCACUCACGAGGGGGUGCGAGGGGCACUCACGAGGGGGUGCAAACGGGCACUCACGAGGGGGUACGAGGGGCACUCACGAGGGGGUGGGAAGGGCACUCACGAAGGGGUGCGAGGGGCACUCACGAGGGGGUGCAAAGGGGCACUCACGAGGGGGUGCAAGGGGCACUCACGAGGGGGUGAGAAGGGCACUCACGAGGGGGUGCGAUGGGCACUCACGAGGGGGUGCGAGGGGCACUCACGAGGGGGUGCGAGGGGCACUCACGAGGGGGUACGAGGGGCACUCACGAGGGAGUGCGAGGGGCACUCACGAGGGGGUGGGAAGGGCAGUCACGAGGGGGUGCGAGGGGCACUCACGAGGGGGUGCAAAGGGGCACUCACGAGGGGGUGCAAGGGGCACUCACGAGGGGGUGCGAGGGGCGCUCACGAGGGGGUGCGAGGGGCACUCACGAGGGGGUGGGAAGGGCACUCACGAGAGGGUGCGAGGGGCACUCACGAGGGGGUGCGAGGGGCACUCACGAGGGGGUACGAGGGGCACUCACGAGGGAGUGCGAGGGGCACUCACGAGGGGGUGCGAGGGGCACUCACGAGGGGGUGCAAGGGGCACUCACGAGGGGGUGCGAGGGGCACUCACGAGGGGGUGGGAAGGGCACUCACGAGGGGGUGUGAGGGGCACUCACGAGGGGGUGCAAAGGGGCACUCACGAGGGGGUGCAAGGGGCACUCACGAGCGGGGGCACUCACAAGGGGGUGCGAGGGGCACUCACGAGGGGGUGGGAAGGGCAGUCACGAGGGGGUGCGAGGGGCACUCACGAGGGGGUGCAAAGGGGCACUCACGAGGGGGUGCAAGGGGGCACUCACGAGGGGGUGCGAGGGGCGCUCACGAGGGGGUGCGAGGGGCACUCACGAGGGGGUGGGAAGGGCACUCACGAGAGGGUGCGAGGGGCACUCACGAGGGGGUGCGAGGGGCACUCACGAGGGGGUACGAGGGGCACUCACGAGGGAGUGCGAGGGGCACUCACGAGGGGGUGCGAGGGGCACUCACGAGGGGGUGCAAAGGGGCACUCACGAGGGGGUGCGAGGGGCACUCACGAGGGGGUGCAAAGGGCACUAACGAGGGAGUGCGAGGGGCACUCACGAGGGGGUGCGAGGGGCACUCACGAGGGGGUGCAAAGGGGCACUCACGAGGGGGUGCAAGGGGCACUCACGAGGGGGUGCGAGGGGCACUCACGAGGGGGUGCAAAGGGCACUCACGAGGGAGUGAAAGGGGCACUCACGAGGGGGUGCGAGGGGCACUCACGAGGGCAGUCACGAGGGGGUGCGAGGGGCACUCACGAGGGGGUGCAAAGGGGCACUCACGAGGGGGUGCAAGGGGCACUCACGAGGGGGUGGGAAGGGCACUCACGAGGGGGUGCGAGGGGCACUCACGAGGGGGUGCGAGGGGCACUAACGAGGGGGUACGAGGGGCACUCACGAGGGAGUGCGAGGGGCACUCACGAGGGGGUGCGAGGGGCACUCACGAGGGGGUGGGAAGGGCACUCACGAGGGGGUGCGAGGGGCACUCACGAGGGGGUGCGAGGGGCACUCACGAGGGAGUGCAAGGGGCACUCACGAGGGGGUGCGAGGGGCACUCACGAGGGGGUGCAAAGUGGCACUCACGAAGGGGGGGCAAGGGGCACUCACGAGGGGGUGCGAGGGGCACUCACGAGGGGGGGCAAAGGGCACUCACGAGGGAGUGCGAAGGGCACUCACGAGGGGGUGCGAGGGGCACUCACGAGGGGGUGCAAAGGGCACUAAUGAGGGAGUGCGAGGGGCACUCACAAGGAGGUGCGAGGGGCACUCACGAGGGGGUGGGAAGGGCAGUCACGAGGGGGUGCGAGGGGCACUCACGAGGGGGUGCAAAGGGGCACUCACGAGGGGGUGCAAGGGGCACUCACGAGGGGGUGGGAAGGGCACUCACGAGGGGGUGCGAUGGGCACUCACGAGGGGGUGCGAGGGGCACUCACGAGGGGGUGCGAGGGGCACUCACGAGGGGGUACGAGGGGCACUCACGAGGGAGUGCGAAGGGCACUCACGAGGGGGUGCGAGGGGCACUCUCGAGGGGGUGCAAGGGGCACUCACGAGGGGGUGCGAGGGGCACUCACGAGGGGGUGGGAAGGGCACUCACGAGGGGGUGUGAGGGGCACUCACGAGGGGGUGCAAAGGGGCACUCACGAGGGGGUGCAAGGGGCACUUACGAGCGGGUGCGAGGGGCACUCACGAGGGGGUGUAAAGGGCACUCACGAGGGAGUGCGAGGGGCACUCACGAGGGGGUGCGAGGGGCACUCACGAGGGGGUGGGAAGGGCACUCACGAGGGGGUGCGAGGGGCACUCACGAGAGGGUGCAAAGGGGCACUCACGAGGGGGUGCAAGGGGCACUCACGAGGGGGUGCGAGGGGCACUCACGAGAGGGUGCAAAGGGCACUCACGAGGGAGUGCGAGGGGCACUCACGAGGGGGUGCGAGGGGCACUCACGAGGGGGUGCAAAGGGCACUAAUGAGGGAGUGCAAGGGGCACUCACGAGGGGGUGCGAGGGGCACUCACGAGGGGGUGGGAAGGGCACUCACGAGGGGGUGCGAGGGGCACUCACGAGGGGGUGCAAAGGGGCACUCACGAGGGGGUUCAAGGGGCACUCACGAGGGGGUGCGAGGGGCGCUCACGAGGGGGUGCGAGGGGCACUCACGAGGGGGUGGGAAGGGCACUCACGAGAGGGUGCGAGGGGCACUCACGAGGGGGUGCGAGGGGCACUCACGAGGGGGUACGAGGGGCACUCACGAGGGAGUGCGAGGGGCACUCACGAGGGGGUGCGAGGGGCACUCACGAGGGGGUGCAAGGGGCACUCACGAGGGGGUGCGAGGGGCACUCACGAGGGGGUGGGAAGGGCACUCACGAAGGGGUGUGAGGGGCACUCACGAGGGGGUGCAAAGGGGCACUCACGAGGGGGUGCAAGGGGCACUCACGAGCGGGUGCGAGGGGCACUCACGAGGGGGUGCCAAGGGCACUCACGAGGGAGUGCGAGGAGCACUCACGAGGGGGUGCGAGGGGCACUCACGAGGGGGUGGGAAGGGCACUCACGAGGGGGUGCGAGGGGCACUCACGAGGGGGUGCAAACGGGCACUCACGAGGGGGUACGAGGGGCACUCACGAGGGGGUGGGAAGGGCACUCACGAAGGGGGCACUCACGAGGGGGUGCGAUGGGCACUCACGAGGGGGUGGGAAGGGCACUCACGAGGGGGUGCGAGGGGCACUCACGAGGGGGUGCAAACGGGCACUCACGAGGGGGUACGAGGGGCACUCACGAGGGGGUGGGAAGGGCACUCACGAAGGGGUGCGAGGGGCACUCACGAGGGGGUGCAAAGGGGGCACUCACGAGGGGGUGCAAGGGGCACUCACGAGGGGGUGAGAAGGGCACUCACGAGGGGGUGCGAUGGGCACUCACGAGGGGGUGCGAGGGGCACUCACGAGGGGGUGCGAGGGGCACUCACGAGGGGGUGGGAAGGGCACUCACGAGGGGGUGCGAGGGGCACUCACGAGGGGGUGCAAACGGGCACUCACGAGGGGGUACGAGGGGCACUCACGAGGGGGUGGGAAGGGCACUCACGAAGGGGUGCGAGGGGCACUCACGAGGGGGUGCAAAGGGGCACUCACGAGGGGGUGCAAGGGGCACUCACGAGGGGGUGAGAAGGGCACUCACGAGGGGGUGCGAUGGGCACUCACGAGGGGGUGCGAGGGGCACUCACGAGGGGGUGCGAGGGGCACUCACGAGGGGGUACGAGGGGCACUCACGAGGGAGUGCGAGGGGCACUCACGAGGGGGUGCGAGGGGCACUCACGAGGGGGUGCAAGGGGCACUCACGAGGGGGUGCGAGGGGCACUCACGAGGGGGUGGGAAGGGCACUCACGAGGGGGUGUGAGGGGCACUCACGAGGGGGUGCAAAGGGGCACUCACGAGGUGGUGCAAGGGGCACUCACGAGCGGGUGCGAGGGGCACUUACGAGGGGGUGCAAAGGGCACUCACGAGGGAGUGCGAGGGGCACUCACGAGGGGGUGCGAGGGGCACUCACGAGGGGGUGCGAGGGGCAGUCACGAGGGGGUGCAAGGGGCACUCACGAGGGGGUGCGAGGAGCACUCACGAGGGGGUGCAAAGGGGCACUCACGAGGGGGUGCGAGGGGCACUCACGAGGGGGUGCAAAGGGCACUAACGAGGGAGUGCGAGGGGCACUCACGAGGGGGUGCGAGGGGCACUCAAGAGGGGGUGGGAAGGGCACUCACGAGGGGGUGGCACUCACGAGGGAGUGCGAGGGGCACUCACGAGGGGGUGCGAGGGGCACUCACGAGGGGGUGCAAAAGGCACUAAUGAGGGAGUGCAAGGGGCACUCACAAGGGGGUGCGAGGGGCACUCACGAGGGGGUGGGAAGGGCAGUCACGAGGGGGUGCGAGGGGCACUCACGAGGGGGUGCAAAGGGGCACUCACGAGGGGGUGCAAGGGGCACUCACGAGGGGGUGCGAGGGGCGCUCACGAGGGGGUGCGAGGGGCACUCACGAGGGGGUGGGAAGGGCACUCACGAGAGGGUGCGAGGGGCACUCACGAGGGGGUGCGAGGGGCACUCACGAGGGGGUACGAGGGGCACUCACGAGGGAGUGCGAGGGGCACUCACGAGGGGGUGCGAGGGGCACUCACGAGGGGGUGCAAAGGGGCACUCACGAGGGGGUGCGAGGGGCACUCACGAGGGGGUGCAAAGGGCACUAACGAGGGAGUGCGAGGGGCACUCACGAGGGGGUGCGAGGGGCACUCACGAGGGGGUGCAAAGGGGCACUCACGAGGGGGUGCAAGGGGCACUCACGAGGGGGUGCGAGGGGCACUCACGAGGGGGUGCAAAGGGCACUCACGAGGGAGUGAAAGGGGCACUCACGAGGGGGUGCGAGGGGCACUCACGAGGUGGUGCAAAGGGCACUAAUGAGGGAGUGCGAGGGGCACUCACAAGGGGGUGCGAGGGGCACUCACGAGGGGGUGGGAAGGGCAGUCACGAGGGGGUGCGAGGGGCACUCACGAGGGGGUGCAAAGGGGCACUCACGAGGGGGUGCAAGGGGCACUCACGAGGGGGUGGGAAGGGCACUCACGAGGGGGUGCGAGGGGCACUCACGAGGGGGGGCACUCACGAGGGGGUGGGAAGGGCACUCACGAGGGGGUGCGAGGGGCACUCACGAGGGGGUGCGAGGGGCACUCACGAGGGAGUGCAAGGGGCACUCACGAGGGGGUGCGAGGGCACUCACGAGGGGGUGCAAAGUGGCACUCACGAAGGGGGGGCAAGGGGCACUCACGAGGGGGUGCGAGGGGCACUCACGAGGGGGGGCAAAGGGCACUCACGAGGGAGUGCGAAGGGCACUCACGAGGGGGUGCGAGGGGCACUCACGAGGGGGUGCAAAGGGGCACUAAUGAGGGAGUGCGAGGGGCACUCACAAGGAGGUGCGAGGGGCACUCACGAGGGGGUGGGAAGGGCAGUCACGAGGGGGUGCGAGGGGCACUCACGAGGGGGUGCAAAGGGGCACUCACGAGGGGGUGCAAGGGGCACUCACGAGGGGGUGGGAAGGGCACUCACGAGGGGGUGCGAUGGGCACUCACGAGGGGGUGCGAGGGGCACUCACGAGGGGGUGCGAGGGGGCACUCACGAGGGGGUACGAGGGGCACUCACGAGGAGUGCGAAGGGCACUCACGAGGGGGUGCGAGGGGCACUCUCGAGGGGGUGCAAGGGGCACUCACGAGGGGGUGCGAGGGGCACUCACGAGGGGGUGGGAAGGGCACUCACGAGGGGGUGUGAGGGGCACUCACGAGGGGGUGCAAAGGGGCACUCACGAGGGGGUGCAAGGGGCACUUACGAGCGGGUGCGAGGGGCACUCACGAGGGGGUGUAAAGGGCACUCACGAGGGAGUGCGAGGGGCACUCACGAGGGGGUGCGAGGGGCACUCACGAGGGGGUACGAGGGGCACUCACGAGGGAGUGCGAAGGGCACUCACGAGGGGGUGCGAGGGGCACUCUCGAGGGGGUGCAAGGGGCACUCACGAGGGGGUGCGAGGGGCACUCACGAGGGGGUGGGAAGGGCACUCACGAGGGGGUGUGAGGGGCACUCACGAGGGGGUGCAAAGGGGCACUCACGAGGGGGUGCAAGGGGCACUUACGAGCGGGUGCGAGGGGCACUCACGAGGGGGUGUAAAGGGCACUCACGAGGGGGUGCGAGGGGCACUCACGAGGGGGUGCAAAGGGGCACUCACGAGGGGGUUCAAGGGGCACUCACGAGGGGGUGCGAGGGGCGCUCACGAGGGGGUGCGAGGGGCACUCACGAGGGGGUGGGAAGGGCACUCACGAGAGGGUGCGAGGGGCACUCACGAGGGGGUGCGAGGGGCACUCACGAGGGGGUACGAGGGGCACUCACGAGGGAGUGCGAGGGGCACUCACGAGGGGGUGCGAGGGGCACUCACGAGGGGGUGCAAGGGGCACUCACGAGGGGGUGCGAGGGGCACUCACGAGGGGGUGCAAAGGGGGACUCACGAGGGGGUGGGAAGGGCACUCACAAGGGGGUGCAAAGGGGCACUCACGAGGGGGUGCAAGGGGCACUCACGAGGGGGUGGGAAGGGCACUCACGAGGGGGUGCGAUGGGCACUCACGAGGGGGUGCGAGGGGCACUCACGAGGGGGUGCGAGGGGCACUCACGAGGGGGUACGAGGGGCACUCACGAGGGAGUGCGAGGGGCACUCACGAGGGGGUGCGAGGGGCACUCACGAGGGGGUGCAAGGGGCACUCAUGAGGGGGGGCACUCACGAGCGGGUGCGAGGGGGCACUCACGAGGGGGUGCCAAGGGCACUCACGAGGGAGUGCGAGGAGCACUCACGAGGGGGUGCGAGGGGCACUCACGAGGGGGUGGGAAGGGCACUCACGAGGGGGUGCGAGGGGCACUCACGAGGGGGUGCAAAGGGGCACUCACGAGGGGGUUCAAGGGGCACUCACGAGGGGGUGCGAGGGGCGCUCACGAGGGGGUGCGAGGGGGCACUCACGAGGGGGUGGGAAGGGCACUCACGAGAGGGUGCGAGGGGCACUCACGAGGGGGUGCGAGGGGCACUCACGAGGGGGUACGAGGGGCACUCACGAGGGAGUGCGAGGGGCACUCACGAGGGGAUGCGAGGGGCACUCACGAGGGGUUGCAAGGGGCACUCACGAGGGGGUGCGAGGGGCACUCACGAGGGGGUGCAAAGGGGCACUCACGAGGGGGUGGGAAGGGCACUCACAAGGGGGUGCAAAGGGGCACUCACGAGGGGGUGCAAGGGGCACUCACGAGGGGGUGGGAAGGGCACUCACGAGGGGGUGCGAUGGGCACUCACGAGGGGGUGCGAGGGGCACUCACGAGGGGGUGCGAGGGGCACUCACGAGGGGGUACGAGGGGCACUCACGAGGGAGUGCGAGGGGCACUCACGAGGGGGUGCGAGGGGCACUCACGAGGGGGUGCAAGGGGCACUCAUGAGGGGGGGCACUCACGAGCGGGUGCGAGGGGCACUCACGAGGGGGUGCCAAGGGCACUCACGAGGGAGUGCGAGGAGCACUCACGAGGGGGUGCGAGGGGCACUCACGAGGGGGUGGGAAGGGCACUCACGAGGGGGUGCGAGGGGCACUCACGAGGGGGUGCAAACGGGCACUCACGAGGGGGUACGAGGGGCACUCACGAGGGGGUGGGAAGGGCACUCACGAAGGGGUGCGAGGGGCACUCACGAGGGGGUGCAAAGGGGCACUCACGAGGGGGUGCAAGGGGCACUCACGAGGGGGUGAGAAGGGCACUCACGAGGGGGUGCGAUGGGCACUCACGAGGGGGUGCGAGGGGCACUCACGAGGGGGUGCGAGGGGCACUCACGAGGGGGUACGAGGGGCACUCACGAGGGAGUGCGAGGGGCACUCACGAGGGGGUGCGAGGGGCACUCACGAGGGGGUGCAAGGGGCACUCACGAGGGGGUGCGAGGGGCACUCACGAGGGGGUGGGAAGGGCACUCACGAGGGGGUGUGAGGGGCACUCACGAGGGGGUGCAAAGGGGCACUCACGAGGGGGUGCAAGGGGCACUCACGAGCGGGGGCACUCACAAGGGGGUGCGAGGGGCACUCACGAGGGGGUGGGAAGGGCAGUCACGAGGGGGUGCGAGGGGCACUCACGAGGGGGUGCAAAGGGGCACUCACGAGGGGGUGCAAGGGGCACUCACGAGGGGGUGCGAGGGGCGCUCACGAGGGGGUGCGAGGGGCACUCACGAGGGGGUGGGAAGGGCACUCACGAGAGGGUGCGAGGGGCACUCACGAGGGGGUGCGAGGGGCACUCACGAGGGGGUACGAGGGGCACUCACGAGGGAGUGCGAGGGGCACUCACGAGGGGGUGCGAGGGGCACUCACGAGGGGGUGCAAAGGGGCACUCACGAGGGGGUGCGAGGGGCACUCACGAGGGGGUGCAAAGGGCACUAACGAGGGAGUGCGAGGGGCACUCACGAGGGGGUGCGAGGGGCACUCACGAGGGGGUGCAAAGGGGCACUCACGAGGGGGUGCAAGGGGCACUCACGAGGGGGUGCGAGGGGCACUCACGAGGGGGUGCAAAGGGCACUCACGAGGGAGUGAAAGGGGCACUCACGAGGGGGUGCGAGGGGCACUCACGAGGUGGUGCAAAGGGCACUAAUGAGGGAGUGCGAGGGGCACUCACAAGGGGGUGCGAGGGGCACUCACGAGGGGGUGGGAAGGGCAGUCACGAGGGGGUGCGAGGGGCACUCACGAGGGGGUGCAAAGGGGCACUCACGAGGGGGUGCAAGGGGCACUCACGAGGGGGUGGGAAGGGCACUCACGAGGGGGUGCGAGGGGCACUCACGAGGGGGGGCACUCACGAGGGGGUGGGAAGGGCACUCACGAGGGGGUGCGAGGGGCACUCACGAGGGGGUGCGAGGGGCACUCACGAGGGAGUGCAAGGGGCACUCACGAGGGGGUGCGAGGGGCACUCACGAGGGGGUGCAAAGUGGCACUCACGAAGGGGGGGCAAGGGGCACUCACGAGGGGGUGCGAGGGGCACUCACGAGGGGGGGCAAAGGGCACUCACGAGGGAGUGCGAAGGGCACUCACGAGGGGGUGCGAGGGGCACUCACGAGGGGGUGCAAAGGGCACUAAUGAGGGAGUGCGAGGGGCACUCACAAGGAGGUGCGAGGGGCACUCACGAGGGGGUGGGAAGGGCAGUCACGAGGGGGUGCGAGGGGCACUCACGAGGGGGUGCAAAGGGGCACUCACGAGGGGGUGCAAGGGGCACUCACGAGGGGGUGGGAAGGGCACUCACGAGGGGGUGCGAUGGGCACUCACGAGGGGGUGCGAGGGGCACUCACGAGGGGGUGCGAGGGGCACUCACGAGGGGGUACGAGGGGCACUCACGAGGGAGUGCGAAGGGCACUCACGAGGGGGUGCGAGGGGCACUCUCGAGGGGGUGCAAGGGGCACUCACGAGGGGGUGCGAGGGGCACUCACGAGGGGGUGGGAAGGGCACUCACGAGGGGGUGUGAGGGGCACUCACGAGGGGGUGCAAAGGGGCACUCACGAGGGGGUGCAAGGGGCACUUACGAGCGGGUGCGAGGGGCACUCACGAGGGGGUGUAAAGGGCACUCACGAGGGAGUGCGAGGGGCACUCACGAGGGGGUGCGAGGGGCACUCACGAGGGGGUGGGAAGGGCACUCACGAGGGGGUGCGAGGGGCACUCACGAGAGGGUGCAAAGGGGCACUCACGAGGGGGUGCAAGGGGCACUCACGAGGGGGUGCGAGGGGCACUCACGAGAGGGUGCAAAGGGCACUCACGAGGGAGUGCGAGGGGCACUCACGAGGGGGUGCGAGGGGCACUCACGAGGGGGUGCAAAGGGCACUAAUGAGGGAGUGCAAGGGGCACUCACGAGGGGGUGCGAGGGGCACUCACGAGGGGGUGGGAAGGGCACUCACGAGGGGGUGCGAGGGGCACUCACGAGGGGGUGCAAAGGGGCACUCACGAGGGGGUUCAAGGGGCACUCACGAGGGGGUGCGAGGGGCGCUCACGAGGGGGUGCGAGGGGCACUCACGAGGGGGUGGGAAGGGCACUCACGAGAGGGUGCGAGGGGCACUCACGAGGGGGUGCGAGGGGCACUCACGAGGGGGUACGAGGGGCACUCACGAGGGAGUGCGAGGGGCACUCACGAGGGGGUGCGAGGGGCACUCACGAGGGGGUGCAAGGGGCACUCACGAGGGGGUGCGAGGGGCACUCACGAGGGGGUGGGAAGGGCACUCACGAAGGGGUGUGAGGGGCACUCACGAGGGGGUGCAAAGGGGCACUCACGAGGGGGUGCAAGGGGCACUCACGAGCGGGUGCGAGGGGCACUCACGAGGGGGUGCCAAGGGCACUCACGAGGGAGUGCGAGGAGCACUCACGAGGGGGUGCGAGGGGCACUCACGAGGGGGUGGGAAGGGCACUCACGAGGGGGUGCGAGGGGCACUCACGAGGGGGUGCAAACGGGCACUCACGAGGGGGUACGAGGGGCACUCACGAGGGGGUGGGAAGGGCACUCACGAAGGGGGCACUCACGAGGGGGUGCGAUGGGCACUCACGAGGGGGUGGGAAGGGCACUCACGAGGGGGUGCGAGGGGCACUCACGAGGGGGGUGCAAACGGGCACUCACGAGGGGGUACGAGGCGCACUCACGAGGGGGUGGGAAGGGCACUCACGAAGGGGUGCGAGGGGCACUCACGAGGGGGUGCAAAGGGGCACUCACGAGGGGGUGCAAGGGGCACUCACGAGGGGGUGAGAAGGGCACUCACGAGGGGGUGCGAUGGGCACUCACGAGGGGGUGCGAGGGGCACUCACGAGGGGGUGCGAGGGGCACUCACGAGGGGGUGGGAAGGGCACUCACGAGGGGGUGCGAGGGGCACUCACGAGGGGGUGCAAACGGGCACUCACGAGGGGGUACGAGGGGCACUCACGAGGGGGUGGGAAGGGCACUCACGAAGGGGUGCGAGGGGCACUCACGAGGGGGUGCAAAGGGGCACUCACGAGGGGGUGCAAGGGGCACUCACGAGGGGGUGAGAAGGGCACUCACGAGGGGGUGCGAUGGGCACUCACGAGGGGGUGCGAGGGGCACUCACGAGGGGGUGCGAGGGGCACUCACGAGGGGGUACGAGGGGCACUCACGAGGGAGUGCGAGGGGCACUCACGAGGGGGUGCGAGGGGCACUCACGAGGGGGUGCAAGGGGCACUCACGAGGGGGUGCGAGGGGCACUCACGAGGGGGUGGGAAGGGCACUCACGAGGGGGUGUGAGGGGCACUCACGAGGGGGUGCAAAGGGGCACUCACGAGGGGGUGCAAGGGGCACUCACGAGCGGGUGCGAGGGGCACUUACGAGGGGGUGCAAAGGGCACUCACGAGGGAGUGCGAGGGGCACUCACGAGGGGGUGCGAGGGGCACUCACGAGGGGGUGCGAGGGGCAGUCACGAGGGGGUGCAAGGGGCACUCACGAGGGGGUGCGAGGAGCACUCACGAGGGGGUGCAAAGGGGCACUCACGAGGGGGUGCGAGGGGCACUCACGAGGGGGGCACUCACGAGGGGGUGUGAGGGGCACUCACGAGGGGGGUGCAAAGGGGCACUCACAAGGGGGUGCAAGGGGCACUCACGAGGGGGUGCGAGGGGCACUCACGAGGGGGUGCAAAGGGCACUCACGAGGGAGUGCGAGGGGCACUCACGAGGGGGUGCGAGGGGCACUCACGAGGGGGGUGCAAAAGGCACUAAUGAGGGAGUGCAAGGGGCACUCACAAGGGGGUGCGAGGGGCACUCACGAGGGGGUGGGAAGGGCAGUCACGAGGAGGUGCGAGGGGCACUCACGAGGGGGUGCAAAGGGGCACUCACGAGGGGGUGCAAGGGGCACUCACGAGGGGGUGCGAGGGGCGCUCACGAGGGGGUGCGAGGGGCACUCACGAGGGGGUGGGAAGGGCACUCACGAGAGGGUGCGAGGGGCACUCACGAGGGGGUGCGAGGGGCACUCACGAGGGGGUACGAGGGGCACUCACGAGGGAGUGCGAGGGGCACUCACGAGGGGGUGCGAGGGGCACUCACGAGGGGGUGCAAAGGGGCACUCACGAGGGGGUGCGAGGGGCACUCACGAGGGGGUGCAAAGGGCACUAACGAGGGAGUGCGAGGGGCACUCACGAGGGGGUGCGAGGGGCACUCACGAGGGGGUGCAAAGGGGCACUCACGAGGGGGUGCAAGGGGCACUCACGAGGGGGUGCGAGGGGCACUCACGAGGGGGUGCAAAGGGCACUCACGAGGGAGUGAAAGGGGCACUCACGAGGGGGUGCGAGGGGCACUCACGAGGUGGUGCAAAGGGCACUAAUGAGGGAGUGCGAGGGGCACUCACAAGGGGGUGCGAGGGGCACUCACGAGGGGGUGGGAAGGGCAGUCACGAGGGGGUGCGAGGGGCACUCACGAGGGGGUGCAAAGGGGCACUCACGAGGGGGGGCACUCACGAGGGGGUGCAAGGGGCACUCACGAGGGGGUGCGAGGGGCACUCACGAGGGGGUGCAAAGGGCACUCACGAGGGAGUGAAAGGGGCACUCACGAGGGGGUGCGAGGGGCACUCACGAGGUGGUGCAAAGGGCACUAAUGAGGGAGUGCGAGGGGCACUCACAAGGGGGUGCGAGGGGCACUCACGAGGGGGUGGGAAGGGCAGUCACGAGGGGGUGCGAGGGGCACUCACGAGGGGGUGCAAAGGGGCACUCACGAGGGGGUGCAAGGGGCACUCACGAGGGGGUGGGAAGGGCACUCACGAGGGGUGCGAGGGGCACUCACGAGGGGGUGCGAGGGGCACUAACGAGGGGGUACGAGGGGCACUCACGAGGGAGUGCGAGGGGCACUCACGAGGGGGUGCGAGGGGCACUCACGAGGGGGUGGGAAGGGCACUCACGAGGGGGUGCGAGGGGCACUCACGAGGGGGUGCGAGGGGCACUCACGAGGGAGUGCAAGGGGCACUCACGAGGGGGUGCGAGGGGCACUCACGAGGGGGUGCAAAGUGGCACUCACGAAGGGGGGGCAAGGGGCACUCACGAGGGGGUGCGAGGGGCACUCACGAGGGGGGGCAAAGGGCACUCACGAGGGAGUGCGAAGGGCACUCACGAGGGGGUGCGAGGGGCACUCACGAGGGGGUGCAAAGGGCACUAAUGAGGGAGUGCGAGGGGCACUCACAAGGAGGUGCGAGGGGCACUCACGAGGGGGUGGGAAGGGCAGUCACGAGGGGGUGCGAGGGGCACUCACGAGGGGGUGCAAAGGGGCACUCACGAGGGGGUGCAAGGGGCACUCACGAGGGGGUGGGAAGGGCACUCACGAGGGGGUGCGAUGGGCACUCACGAGGGGGUGCGAGGGGCACUCACGAGGGGGUGCGAGGGGCACUCACGAGGGGGUACGAGGGGCACUCACGAGGGAGUGCGAAGGGCACUCACGAGGGGGUGCGAGGGGCACUCUCGAGGGGGUGCAAGGGGCACUCACGAGGGGGUGCGAGGGGCACUCACGAGGGGGUGGGAAGGGCACUCACGAGGGGGUGUGAGGGGCACUCACGAGGGGGUGCAAAGGGGCACUCACGAGGGGGUGCAAGGGGCACUUACGAGCGGGUGCGAGGGGCACUCACGAGGGGGUGUAAAGGGCACUCACGAGGGAGUGCGAGGGGCACUCACGAGGGGGUGCGAGGGGCACUCACGAGGGGGUGGGAAGGGCACUCACGAGGGGGUGCGAGGGGCACUCACGAGAGGGUGCAAAGGGGCACUCACGAGGGGGUGCAAGGGGCACUCACGAGGGGGUGCGAGGGGCACUCACGAGAGGGUGCAAAGGGCACUCACGAGGGAGUGCGAGGGGCACUCACGAGGGGGUGCGAGGGGCACUCACGAGGGGGUGCAAAGGGCACUAAUGAGGGAGUGCAAGGGGCACUCACGAGGGGGUGCGAGGGGCACUCACGAGGGGGUGGGAAGGGCACUCACGAGGGGGUGCGAGGGGCACUCACGAGGGGGUGCAAAGGGGCACUCACGAGGGGGUGGGAAGGGCACUCACAAGGGGGUGCAAAGGGGCACUCACGAGGGGGUGCAAGGGGCACUCACGAGGGGGUGGGAAGGGCACUCACGAGGGGGUGCGAUGGGCACUCACGAGGGGGUGCGAGGGGCACUCACGAGGGGGUGCGAGGGGCACUCACGAGGGGGUACGAGGGGCACUCACGAGGGAGUGCGAGGGGCACUCACGAGGGGGGGCACUCACGAGCGGGUGCGAGGGGCACUCACGAGGGGGUGCCAAGGGCACUCACGAGGGAGUGCGAGGAGCACUCACGAGGGGGUGCGAGGGGCACUCACGAGGGGGUGGGAAGGGCACUCACGAGGGGGUGCGAGGGGCACUCACGAGGGGGUGCAAACGGGCACUCACGAGGGGGUACGAGGGGCACUCACGAGGGGGUGGGAAGGGCACUCACGAAGGGGUGCAAGGGGCACUCACGAGGGGGUGCAAAGGGGCACUCACGAGGGGGUGCAAGGGGCACUCACGAGGGGGUGAGAAGGGCACUCACGAGGGGGUGCGAUGGGCACUCACGAGGGGGUGCGAGGGGCACUCACGAGGGGGUGCGAGGGGCACUCACGAGGGGGUACGAGGGGCACUCACGAGGGAGUGCGAGGGGCACUCACGAGGGGGUGCGAGGGGCACUCACGAGGGGGUGCAAGGGGCACUCACGAGGGGGUGCGAGGGGCACUCACGAGGGGGUGGGAAGGGCACUCACGAGGGGGUGUGAGGGGCACUCACGAGGGGGUGCAAAGGGGCACUCACGAGGGGGUGCAAGGGGCACUCACGAGCGGGUGCGAGGGGCACUUACGAGGGGGUGCAAAGGGCACUCACGAGGGAGUGCGAGGGGCACUCACGAGGGGGUGCGAGGGGCACUCACGAGGGGGUGCGAGGGGCAGUCACGAGGGGGUGCAAGGGGCACUCACGAGGGGGUGCGAGGAGCACUCACGAGGGGGUGCAAAGGGGCACUCACGAGGGGGUGCGAGGGGCACUCACGAGGGGGUGCAAAGGGCACUAACGAGGGAGUGCGAGGGGCACUCACGAGGGGGUGCGAGGGGCACUCAAGAGGGGGUGGGAAGGGCACUCACGAGGGGGUGGGGCACUCACAAGGGGGUGCGAGGGGCACUCACGAGGGGGUGGGAAGGGCAGUCACGAGGGGGUGCGAGGGGCACUCACGAGGGGGUGCAAAGGGGCACUCACGAGGGGGUGCAAGGGGCACUCACGAGGGGGUGCGAGGGGCGCUCACGAGGGGGUGCGAGGGGCACUCACGAGGGGGUGGGAAGGGCACUCACGAGAGGGUGCGAGGGGCACUCACGAGGGGGGUGCGAGGGGCACUCACGAGGGGGUACGAGGGGCACUCACGAGGGGGUACGAGGGGCACUCACGAGGGAGUGCGAGGGGCACUCACGAGGGGGUGCGAGGGGCACUCACGAGGGGGUGCAAAGGGGCACUCACGAGGGGGUGCGAGGGGCACUCACGAGGGGGUGCAAAGGGCACUAACGAGGGAGUGCGAGGGGCACUCACGAGGGGGUGCGAGGGGCACUCACGAGGGGGUGCAAAGGGGCACUCACGAGGGGGUGCAAGGGGCACUCACGAGGGGGUGCGAGGGGCACUCACGAGGGGGUGCAAAGGGCACUCACGAGGGAGUGAAAGGGGCACUCACGAGGGGGUGCGAGGGGCACUCACGAGGUGGUGCAAAGGGCACUAAUGAGGGAGUGCGAGGGGCACUCACAAGGGGGUGCGAGGGGCACUCACGAGGGGGGUGGGAAGGGCAGUCACGAGGGGGUGCGAGGGGCACUCACGAGGGGGUGCAAAGGGGCACUCACGAGGGGGUGCAAGGGGCACUCACGAGGGGGUGGGAAGGGCACUCACGAGGGGGUGCGAGGGGCACUCACGAGGGGGUGCGAGGGGCACUAACGAGGGGGUACGAGGGGCACUCACGAGGGAGUGCGAGGGGCACUCACGAGGGGGUGCGAGGGGCACUCACGAGGGGGUGGGAAGGGCACUCACGAGGGGGUGCGAGGGGCACUCACGAGGGGGUGCGAGGGGAACUCACGAGGGAGUGCAAGGGGCACUCACGAGGGGGUGCGAGGGGCACUCACGAGGGGGUGCAAAGUGGCACUCACGAAGGGGGGGCAAGGGGCACUCACGAGGGGGUGCGAGGGGCACUCACGAGGGGGGGCAAAGGGCACUCACGAGGGAGUGCGAAGGGCACUCACGAGGGGGGGCACUCACGAGGGGGUGGGAAGGGCAGUCACGAGGGGGUGCGAGGGGCACUCACGAGGGGGUGCAAAGGGGCACUCACGAGGGGGUGCAAGGGGCACUCACGAGGGGGUGGGAAGGGCACUCACGAGGGGGUGCGAUGGGCACUCACGAGGGGGUGCGAGGGGCACUCACGAGGGGGUGCGAGGGGCACUCACGAGGGGGUACGAGGGGCACUCACGAGGGAGUGCGAAGGGCACUCACGAGGGGGUGCGAGGGGCACUCUCGAGGGGGUGCAAGGGGCACUCACGAGGGGGGUGCGAGGGGCACUCACGAGGGGGUGGGAAGGGCACUCACGAGGGGGUGUGAGGGGCACUCACGAGGGGGUGCAAAGGGGCACUCACGAGGGGGUGCAAGGGGCACUUACGAGCGGGUGCGAGGGGCACUCACGAGGGGGUGUAAAGGGCACUCACGAGGGAGUGCGAGGGGCACUCACGAGGGGGUGCGAGGGGCACUCACGAGGGGGUGGGAAGGGCACUCACGAGGGGGUGCGAGGGGCACUCACGAGAGGGUGCAAAGGGGCACUCACGAGGGGGUGCAAGGGGCACUCACGAGGGGGUGCGAGGGGCACUCACGAGAGGGUGCAAAGGGCACUCACGAGGGAGUGCGAGGGGCACUCACGAGGGGGUGCGAGGGGCACUCACGAGGGGGUGCAAAGGGCACUAAUGAGGGAGUGCAAGGGGCACUCACGAGGGGGUGCGAGGGGCACUCACGAGGGGGUGGGAAGGGCACUCACGAGGGGGUGCGAGGGGCACUCACGAGGGGGUGCAAAGGGGCACUCACGAGGGGGUUCAAGGGGCACUCACGAGGGGGUGCGAGGGGCGCUCACGAGGGGGUGCGAGGGGCACUCACGAGGGGGUGGGAAGGGCACUCACGAGAGGGUGCGAGGGGCACUCACGAGGGGGUGCGAGGGGCACUCACGAGGGGGUACGAGGGGCACUCACGAGGGAGUGCGAGGGGCACUCACGAGGGGGUGCGAGGGGCACUCACGAGGGGGUGCAAGGGGCACUCACGAGGGGGUGCGAGGGGCACUCACGAGGGGGGGUGAGGGGCACUCACGAGGGGGUGCAAAGGGGCACUCACGAGGGGGUGCAAGGGGCACUUACGAGCGGGUGCGAGGGGCACUCACGAGGGGGUGUAAAGGGCACUCACGAGGGAGUGCGAGGGGCACUCACGAGGGGGUGCGAGGGGCACUCACGAGGGGGUGGGAAGGGCACUCACGAGGGGGUGCGAGGGGCACUCACGAGAGGGUGCAAAGGGGCACUCACGAGGGGGUGCAAGGGGCACUCACGAGGGGGUGCGAGGGGCACUCACGAGAGGGUGCAAAGGGCACUCACGAGGGAGUGCGAGGGGCACUCACGAGGGGGUGCGAGGGGCACUCACGAGGGGGUGCAAAGGGCACUAAUGAGGGAGUGCAAGGGGCACUCACGAGGGGGUGCGAGGGGCACUCACGAGGGGGUGGGAAGGGCACUCACGAGGGGGUGCGAGGGGCACUCACGAGGGGGUGCAAAGGGGCACUCACGAGGGGGUUCAAGGGGCACUCACGAGGGGGUGCGAGGGGCGCUCACGAGGGGGUGCGAGGGGCACUCACGAGGGGGUGGGAAGGGCACUCACGAGAGGGUGCGAGGGGCACUCACGAGGGGGUGCGAGGGGCACUCACGAGGGGGUACGAGGGGCACUCACGAGGGAGUGCGAGGGGCACUCACGAGGGGGUGCGAGGGGCACUCACGAGGGGGUGCAAGGGGCACUCACGAGGGAGUGCGAAGGGCACUCACGAGGGGGUGCGAGGGGCACUCUCGAGGGGGUGCAAGGGGCACUCACGAGGGGGUGCAAGGGGCACUCACGAGGGGGUGGGAAGGGCACUCACGAGGGGGUGCGAUGGGCACUCACGAGGGGGUGCGAGGGGCACUCACGAGGGGGUGCGAGGGGCACUCACGAGGGGGUACGAGGGGCACUCACGAGGAAGUGCGAGGGGCACUCACGAGGGGGUGCGAGGGGCACUCACGAGGGGGUGCAAGGGGGCACUCAUGAGGGGGGGCACUCACGAGGGGGUGCAAGGGGCACUCACGAGCGGGUGCGAGGGGCACUCACGAGGGGGUGCCAAGGGCACUCACGAGGGAGUGCGAGGAGCACUCACGAGGGGGUGCGAGGGGCACUCACGAGGGGGUGGGAAGGGCACUCACGAGGGGGUGCGAGGGGCACUCACGAGGGGGUGCAAACGGGCACUCACGAGGGGGUACGAGGGGCACUCACGAGGGGGUGGGAAGGGCACUCACGAAGGGGUGCGAGGGGCACUCACGAGGGGGUGCAAAGGGGCACUCACGAGGGGGUGCAAGGGGCACUCACGAGGGGGUGAGAAGGGCACUCACGAGGGGGUGCGAUGGGCACUCACGAGGGGGUGCGAGGGGCACUCACGAGGGGGUGCGAGGGGCACUCACGAGGGGGUACGAGGGGCACUCACGAGGGAGUGCGAGGGGCACUCACGAGGGGGUGCGAGGGGCACUCACGAGGGGGUGCAAGGGGCACUCACGAGGGGGUGCGAGGGGCACUCACGAGGGGGGGCACUCACGAGCGGGUGCGAGGGGCACUUACGAGGGGGUGCAAAGGGCACUCACGAGGGAGUGCGAGGGGCACUCACGAGGGGGUGCGAGGGGCACUCACGAGGGGGUGCGAGGGGCAGUCACGAGGGGGUGCAAGGGGCACUCACGAGGGGGUGCGAGGAGCACUCACGAGGGGGUGCAAAGGGGCACUCACGAGGGGGUGCGAGGGGCACUCACGAGGGGGUGCAAAGGGCACUAACGAGGGAGUGCGAGGGGCACUCACGAGGGGGUGCGAGGGGCACUCAAGAGGGGGUGGGAAGGGCACUCACGAGGGGGUGUGAGGGGCACUCACGAGGGGGGUGCAAAGGGGCACUCACAAGGGGGUGCAAGGGGCACUCACGAGGGGGUGCGAGGGGCACUCACGAGGGGGUGCAAAGGGCACUCACGAGGGAGUGCGAGGGGCACUCACGAGGGGGUGCGAGGGGCAGUCACGAGGGGGUGCAAAAGGCACUAAUGAGGGAGUGCAAGGGGCACUCACAAGGGGGUGCGAGGGGCACUCACGAGGGGGUGGGAAGGGCAGUCACGAGGGGGUGCGAGGGGCACUCACGAGGGGGUGCAAAGGGGCACUCACGAGGGGGUGCAAGGGGCACUCACGAGGGGGUGCGAGGGGCGCUCACGAGGGGGUGCGAGGGGCACUCACGAGGGGGUGGGAAGGGCACUCACGAGAGGGUGCGAGGGGCACUCACGAGGGGGUGCGAGGGGCACUCACGAGGGGGUACGAGGGGCACUCACGAGGGAGUGCGAGGGGCACUCACGAGGGGGUGCGAGGGGCACUCACGAGGGGGUGCAAAGGGGCACUCACGAGGGGGGGCACUCACGAGGGGGUGCAAGGGGCACUCACGAGGGGGUGCGAGGGGCACUCACGAGGGGGGUGCAAAGGGCACUCACGAGGGAGUGAAAGGGGCACUCACGAGGGGGUGCGAGGGGCACUCACGAGGUGGUGCAAAGGGCACUAAUGAGGGAGUGCGAGGGGCACUCACAAGGGGGUGCGAGGGGCACUCACGAGGGGGUGGGAAGGGCAGUCACGAGGGGGUGCGAGGGGCACUCACGAGGGGGUGCAAAGGGGCACUCACGAGGGGGUGCAAGGGGGCACUCACGAGGGGGUGGGAAGGGCACUCACGAGGGGGUGCGAGGGGCACUCACGAGGGGGUGCGAGGGGCACUAACGAGGGGGUACGAGGGGGCACUCACGAGGGAGUGCGAGGGGCACUCACGAGGGGGUGCGAGGGGCACUCACGAGGGGGUGGGAAGGGCACUCACGAGGGGGUGCGAGGGGCACUCACGAGGGGGUGCGAGGGGCACUCACGAGGGAGUGCAAGGGGCACUCACGAGGGGGUGCGAGGGGCACUCACGAGGGGGUGGGAAGGGCACUCACGAGGGGGUGCGAGGGGCACUCACGAGGGGGUGCAAAGGGGCACUCACGAGGGGGUUCAAGGGGCACUCACGAGGGGGUGCGAGGGGCGCUCACGAGGGGGUGCGAGGGGCACUCACGAGGGGGUGGGAAGGGAACUCACGAGAGGGUGCGAGGGGCACUCACGAGGGGGUGCGAGGGGCACUCACGAGGGGGUACGAGGGGCACUCACGAGGGAGUGCGAGGGGCACUCACGAGGGGGUGCGAGGGGCACUCACGAGGGGGUGCAAGGGGCACUCACGAGGGGGUGCGAGGGGCACUCACGAGGGGGUGCAAAGGGGCACUCACGAGGGGGUGGGAAGGGCACUCACAAGGGGGUGCAAAGGGGCACUCACGAGGGGGUGCAAGGGGCACUCACGAGGGGGUGGGAAGGGCACUCACGAGGGGGUGCGAUGGGCACUCACGAGGGGGGUGCGAGGGGCACUCACGAGGGGGUGCGAGGGGCACUCACGAGGGGGUACGAGGGGCACUCACGAGGGAGUGCGAGGGGCACUCACGAGGGGGUGCGAGGGGCACUCACGAGGGGGUGCAAGGGGCACUCAUGAGGGGGUGCGAGGGGCACUCACGAGGGGGUGGGAAGGGCACUCACGAAGGGGUGUGAGGGGCACUCACGAGGGGGUGCAAAGGGGCACUCACGAGGGGGUGCAAGGGGCACUCACGAGCGGGUGCGAGGGGCACUCACGAGGGGGUGCCAAGGGCACUCACGAGGGAGUGCGAGGAGCACUCACGAGGGGGUGCGAGGGGCACUCACGAGGGGGUGGGAAGGGCACUCACGAGGGGGUGCGAGGGGCACUCACGAGGGGGUGCAAACGGGCACUCACGAGGGGGUACGAGGGGCACUCACGAGGGGGUGGGAAGGGCACUCACGAAGGGGUGCGAGGGGGCACUCACGAGGGGGUGCAAAGGGGCACUCACGAGGGGGUGCAAGGGGCACUCACGAGGGGGGGCACUCACGAGGGGGUACGAGGGGCACUCACGAGGGAGUGCGAGGGGCACUCACGAGGGGGUGCGAGGGGCACUCACGAGGGGGUGCAAGGGGCACUCACGAGGGGGGUGCGAGGGGCACUCACGAGGGGGUGGGAAGGGCACUCACGAGGGGGUGUGAGGGGCACUCACGAGGGGGGUGCAAAGGGGCACUCACGAGGGGGUGCAAGGGGCACUCACGAGCGGGUGCGAGGGGCACUUACGAGGGGGUGCAAGGGCACUCACGAGGGAGUGCGAGGGGCACUCACGAGGGGGUGCGAGGGGCACUCACGAGGGGGUGCGAGGGGCAGUCACGAGGGGGUGCAAGGGGCACUCACGAGGGGGUGCGAGGAGCACUCACGAGGGGGUGCAAAGGGGCACUCACGAGGGGGUGCGAGGGGCACUCACGAGGGGGUGCAAAGGGCACUAACGAGGGAGUGCGAGGGGCACUCACGAGGGGGUGCGAGGGGCACUCAAGAGGGGGUGGGAAGGGCACUCACGAGGGGGUGUGAGGGGCACUCACGAGGGGGGUGCAAAGGGGCACUCACAAGGGGGUGCAAGGGGCACUCACGAGGGGGUGCGAGGGGCACUCACGAGGGGGUGCAAAGGGCACUCACGAGGGAGUGCGAGGGGCACUCACGAGGGGGUGCGAGGGGCACUCACGAGGGGGUGCAAAAGGCACUAAUGAGGGAGUGCAAGGGGCACUCACAAGGGGGUGCGAGGGGCACUCACGAGGGGGUGGGAAGGGCAGUCACGAGGGGGUGCGAGGGGCACUCACGAGGGGGUUGCAAAGGGGCACUCACGAGGGGGUGCAAGGGGCACUCACGAGGGGGUGCGAGGGGGCGCUCACGAGGGGGUGCGAGGGGCACUCACGAGGGGGUGGGAAGGGCACUCACGAGAGGGUGCGAGGGGCACUCACGAGGGGGUGCGAGGGGCACUCACGAAGGGGGUACGAGGGGCACUCACGAGGGAGUGCGAGGGGCACUCACGAGGGGGUGCGAGGGGCACUCACGAGGGGGUGCAAAGGGGCACUCACGAGGGGGUGCGAGGGGCACUCACGAGGGGGUGCAAAGGGCACUAACGAGGGAGUGCGAGGGGCACUCACGAGGGGGUGCGAGGGGCACUCACGAGGGGGUGCAAAGGGGCACUCACGAGGGGGUGCAAGGGGCACUCACGAGGGGGUGCGAGGGGCACUCACGAGGGGGUGCAAAGGGCACUCACGAGGGAGUGAAAGGGGCACUCACGAGGGGGUGCGAGGGGCACUCACGAGGUGGUGCAAAGGGCACUAAUGAGGGAGGGCACUCACGAGGGGGUGCAAAGGGGCACUCACGAGGGGGUGCAAGGGGCACUCACGAGGGGGUGGGAAGGGCACUCACGAGGGGGUGCGAGGGGCACUCACGAGGGGGUGCGAGGGGCACUAACGAGGGGGUACGAGGGGCACUCACGAGGGAGUGCGAGGGGCACUCACGAGGGGGUUGCGAGGGGCACUCACGAGGGGGUGGGAAGGGCACUCACGAGGGGGUGCGAGGGGCACUCACGAGGGGGUGCGAGGGGCACUCACGAGGGAGUGCAAGGGGCACUCACGAGGGGGUGCGAGGGGCACUCACGAGGGGGUGCAAAGUGGCACUCACGAAGGGGGGGCAAGGGGCACUCACGAGGGGGUGCGAGGGGCACUCACGAGGGGGGGCAAAGGGCACUCACGAGGGAGUGCGAAGGGCACUCACGAGGGGGUGCGAGGGGCACUCACGAGGGGGUGCAAAGGGCACUAAUGAGGGAGUGCGAGGGGCACUCACAAGGAGGUGCGAGGGGCACUCACGAGGGGGUGGGAAGGGCAGUCACGAGGGGGUGCGAGGGGCACUCACGAGGGGGUGCAAAGGGGCACUCACGAGGGGGUGCAAGGGGCACUCACGAGGGGGUGGGAAGGGCACUCACGAGGGGGUGCGAGGGCACUCACGAGGGGGUGCGAGGGGCACUCACGAGGGGUGCGAGGGGCACUCACGAGGGGGUACGAGGGCACUCACGAGGGAGUGCGAAGGGCACUCACGAGGGGGUGCGAGGGGCACUCUCGAGGGGGUGGAGGGGCACUCACGAGGGGGUGCGAGGGCACUCACGAGGGGGUGGGAAGGGCACUCACGAGGGGGUGUGAGGGGCACUCACGAGGGGUGCAAAGGGCACUCACGAGGGGGUGCAAGGGGCACUCACGAGCGGGUGCGAGGGGCACUCACGAGGGGGUGCAAAGGGCACUCACGAGGGAGUGCGAGGGGCACUCACGAGGGGGUGCGAGGGGCACUCACGAGGGGGUGGGAAGGGCACUCACGAGGGGGUGGCGAGGGGCACUCACGAGAGGGUGCAAAAGGGGCACUCACGAGGGGGUGCAAGGGGCACUCACGAGGGGGUGCGAGGGGGCACUCACGAGAGGGUGCAAAGGGCACUCACGAGGGAGUGCGAGGGGCACUCACGAGGGGGUGCGAGGGGCACUCACGAGGGGGUGCAAAGGGCACUAAUGAGGGAGUGCAAGGGGCACUCACGAGGGGGUGCGAGGGGCACUCACGAGGGGGUGGGAAGGGCACUCACGAGGGGGUGCGAGGGGCACUCACGAGGGGGUGCAAAGGGGGCACUCACGAGGGGGUUCAAGGGGCACUCACGAGGGGGUGCGAGGGGCGCUCACGAGGGGGUGCGAGGGGCACUCACGAGGGGGUGGGACGGGCACUCACGAGAGGGUGCGAGGGGCACUCACGAGGGGGUGCGAGGGGCACUCACGAGGGGGUACGAGGGGCACUCACGAGGGAGUGCGAGGGGCACUCAGAGGGGGGUGCGAGGGGCAGCUCACGAGGGGGUGCAAGGGGCACUCACGAGGGGGUGCGAGGGGCACUCACGAGGGGGUGCAAAGGGCACUCACGAGGGGGUGGGAAGGGCACUCACGAGGGGGUGCAAAGGGGCACUCACGAGGGGGUGCAAGGGGCACUCACGAGGGGGUGGAAGGGCACUCACGAGGGGGUGCGAUGGGCACUCACGAGGGGGUGCGAGGGGCACUCACGAGGGGUGCGAGGGGCACUCACGAGGGGGUACGAGGGGCACUCACGAGGGAGUGCGAGGGGCACUCACGAGGGGGUGCGAGGGGCACUCACGAGGGGGUGCAAGGGGCACUCACGAGGGGGUGCGAGGGGCACUCACGAGGGGGUGGAAAGGGCACUCACGAGGGGGUGUGAGGGGCACUCACGAGGGGGUGCAAAGGGGCACUCACGAGGGGGUGCGAGGGGCACUCACGAGGGGGUGCGAGGGGCACUCACGAGGGGGUGCGAGGGGCACUCACGAGGGGUGCGAGGGGCACUCACGAGGGGGUGCGAGGGGCACUCACGAGGGGGUGCGAAGGGCACUCACGAGGGGGUGCGAGGGGCACUCACGAGGGGGUGCAAGGGGCACUCACGAGGGGGUGCGAGGGGCACUCACGAGGGGGUGGGAAGGGCACUCACGAAGGGGUGCGAGGGGCACUCACGAGGGGGUGCAAGGGGCACUCACGAGGGGGUGCGAGGGGCACUCACGAGGGGGGGCACUCACGAGGGGGUGCAAGGGGCACUCACGAGGGGGUGCAAGGGGCACUCACGAGGGGGUGCGAGGGGCACUCACGAGGGGGUGGGAAGGGCACUCACGAGGGGGUGCGAGGGGCACUCACGAGGGGGUGCGAAGGGGCACUCACGAGGGGGUGCAAGGGGCACUCACGAGGGGGUGCGAGGGGCGCUCACGAGGGGGUGCGAGGGGCACUCACGAGGGGGUGGGAAGGGCACUCACGAGGGGGUGCGAGGGGCACUCACGAGGGGGUGCGAGGGGCACUCACGAGGGGGUGCGAGGGGCACUCACGAGGGAGUGCGAGGGGCACUCACGAGGGGGUGCGAGGGGCACUCACGAGGGGGUGCAAGGGGCACUCACGAGGGGGUGCGAGGGGCACUCACGAGGGGGUGCGAAGGGCACUCACGAGGGGGUGCGAGGGGCACUCACGAGGGGGUGCGAGGGCACUCACGAGGGGGUGCAAGGGGCACUCACGAGGGGGUGCAAGGGGCACUCACGAGGGG